AUGCCUGCCGUUCACAGCGGCCUGCCGUCGGCGCCGCCGCCGCUGCUGCGGUCCUGUGCCUUGCUGCUACGGUCCAACGCCUAUACCGACUUCCACCACACCGUCUUUCACGUCCACGCGCCAGACAGGAACGGCAACACGGGGCAGCCCAUGCUGUGGCAGGUGCUGGACGCGCUCACGGAGGUGGCCUUUGAGCCCGAGUUCCUGCCCUCGCGCAUCGAGAAGGAGCGCAAGGCGGUGGUGGCGGAGGCGCAGAUGAUGAACACGAUUGAGUACCGCGUGGACUGCCAGCUGCUGCAGUACCUGCACUGGGAGAACGCGCUGGGCUGCCGCUUCCCCAUCGGCAAGACGGACCAGUUGCGGUGUGUGGAGCAGUGGGAGCGGGAGGAGAUCAUGGGCUUCUGGGCGCGCCACUACUUCCCAGCCAACGCAACGGUGUAUGUGGUGGGGGACGUCGAUGUGGAGCACACCAAGGACCUCAUCCAGCAGACCUUUGGCCGCAUCCCUCCCUCCCUCAACCAGCCCAGCCCCGCCGCCGCCUCGGUCAACGCCGAGCUGCUGGCCGACGCGGCGGCGGCGGCCGCCGCCAGCGCCAACGGCAGCAGCAACGGCAACGGCGCGGCGGCGGCGCAGGCGGCCCCAGAGGCGACGGUGCUCAGCUCAGAGUCGCUUUCGGAAGGGGAGGGGGCGCCCCCGUCUGGCGGCGCCAGCGCCAGCGGCGCGCCCAACGGCGCCAUCCUGGGCACCCUGGCGCGGCAGCGGGGCAUGGUGUCUGUGGUUGGCGACAUUGAUGGCGCGGAGCUGGAGGCUUGUGUGCUCAAGUACCUGGGCACCGUGUCUGCCGAGCCAAAGGUGGCGCCUGCGGGGGGGCCCGCGCUGGGCGCGCCGCUGCAGAUCUGCCAGGGGCUGGAGCUGGCGCAGCGCCACAUGACGUGGCACCUCAAGGACUCGGACGAGCGUGCGUGCGCCUACAUCGCCGGCGCGGCGCCCAACCGCUGGGGCAACUUCACGGCCUCGCAGCAGCAGGGGCGGCGCGUGGCGGCGGGCGAGGUGGUGCCGCCGCCGCUGCUGGAGCCGGGGGCGCCCGCGGCGGAGGUGCAGCGCGCGGCAGAGAUCCGCCGUGCGCACCCACUCUACGCCAGCAUCGCGCUGGGCUGGUGGCACGUCAACGUGACCAGCACCCCCGCCAAGAUCCAGGACGCCAUGAUGGCCAGCCUCAACGUGCUGCGCAACAUCAAGCUGCAGCCCAUCACGCAGCGCGAGCUGCUGCGCGCCAAGCGCACGCUCAUCACGCGGCACGACAGCGACCUCAAGGACAACCUGUACUGGCUGGGCCUGCUGACGCACCUGCAGGCCGACUGCGUGCCGCUCAAGAGCCUGGACUGCCUGCGCGACCUGCGCAGCAUGUACGAGGCUGCCGGGGUGGAGGAUGUGUACGAUGCAUACAACCAGUUCAAGUUUGAUGAUGACAGCGUGUUCACUUGCAUCGGCACCAGCGGCAAGGAGCCUCUGGCCACCCCCUCCCCCAUCCUCGCGCGCCGCCAGCAGCAGCAGCCGCUGGCGGCGGCCGCCGCGGGCUGGGCCCCCAGCAACGGCGGCGCACGGCCGCCGACACCGACGCCGCCGACGCCGCCGACCAACGUUGACCCAGACCAGGCGGCGGAGACUUUCAUGGCGGCGUUUAAGACCAUGCUCAGCAACAUGGGCGGCCAGCAGCCGGGCGGGCGGCAUCAUCAUUUGGAAAGGCCAAGAAUAGAAAGCACUGAACAUUCAAGCCAUCAUUCACGAGAGCUGCAGCUAGAUAACUUUAGUUCCUGCCCAUUUGUCUGUGCAAUGAAGUCCCCGACAGUCGUCCUGUGCGGUGUUCUGCUGGGCACCCUGCUGGCGGUCCCUGCUGGGCGAGCCCAGAGCGAGGGCGGCUGCGUCGCGAUUGGUCAGCAGGUGCUGGGCGCAUGCGAGCAAGAGAGGAAUGUGAUCAAUCAGCAUGUGCCACUCUCAUCCACAGCCCCCACAGCCCAGCAGACGGCGGAUGCAAUGGCCGCCCUGGAAAGCGCCGAGCCGCCAACGGAAGGGUGCUGCACCGCUGUGGAGACAUUCUCUGCCUCGGACUGCCUGGUCGAUGAGACGCUGAUUGCCAUCCUACCCAGCGUUGGUAUCAGCCGCCCUGGCCUGAAUGUCACUCUAGCCAUCCUGGAGCAAGUCUGUUUCUGA